AAUUUGCCUUGCACAAACCCAGCUGUGUGAUGGAAAGAGGGACUGCCCUGAUGGAAGUGAUGAGGAAUCUUGUGUUACCACAUGUCCAUCCAAAGAGGAUUUCAAGUGCAAGGACCGUAGCAGUUGUAUCUCCAGGAGUCUUGUUUGCGACGGUCGUUCUCAUUGUCUUGAUGGCUCUGAUGAGGUUGACUGUGCGACUGUAGCGUCACCUGCACCUCGGGCAAAUAUCCUGAAAUGUCGCACAGGCUCAAAGCCAUGUAAAGACGGCACGGAGUGUGUUUUGUACAGCCACCUGUGUGAUGGUGAAGAGGACUGUCGGGAUGGAUCAGAUGAACAGGGAUGUGGGUCCACUGAGGUUGCUCCUAUCCCUGCUUCAGAAAAUCUCAUCUUAAAUGAUGCCCCUUUAACAGUCACUGACCGUCCAACCCAGCCACCCUGCACCAGCCCUUCAGCUCUGUGUCCGGGGUCUUCUUUAUGCAUCAAGCCAACACAGUUCUGUGAUGGAAAUAGAGACUGCCCUGAUGGAUCUGAUGAGAAAUGUGUGAAAAAAUGCCAAUACAAGUCUGAUUAUCUCUGCAAGGACCGCCGCAGCUGUGUAUCAAAGAAACUGGUUUGUGAUGGCCGCUCUCAUUGCAAUGAUGGUUCAGACGAGCGCAACUGUCCAGAUGUAGCGACUCCUGCAGCUCGAGCAAAAAGUUUUAAGUGCCGUAUCGGCUCAAAGCCAUGUAAUGAUGGCAAAGAGUGUGUCAUAUUCAGCCACGUGUGUGAUGGAGAGAGGGACUGCCAGGAUGGAUCAGACGAACUAGGAUGUGAAAUUAUCGGCACAAGUGAGUCGCCUGCUCUCAUGGAGCCCGUUACCGAGCCUCCCACUCGGCCACCCUGCACCAGCCCUUCAGCUCUGUGUCCAGGGUCUUAUUUAUGCAUCAAGCCAACACAGUUUUGUGAUGGGAAGAGAGACUGUCCAGAUGGAUCUGAUGAGAAAUGUGUGAAGAGAUGCCCUGACAGGACUGACUUCCGCUGCAAAGACCGUCGGAGCUGUGUCUCAAAGAGACUGGUUUGUGAUGGUCGCUCUCAUUGCAAUGAUGGUUCCGAUGAGUUAGGCUGCCCGAGCGUAUCUUCUACUGCUGCUCCGCCAAAGACCCUAAAGUGUCGCAUGGGCUCCAGACUGUGCAAUAAUGGCACAGAAUGUGUUCUCUAUAGUCACGUUUGUGAUGGAGAGAGGGACUGUCGAGAUGGGUCAGAUGAAGAAGGUUGUGAUGAUUUAAGCACUGUCACUUCAGCUGCUUCAGAAAAGCUCAGCUUAAAUGAAGCAUCUUUACCCUUAACUGAGGCACCCUGCACCAGUCCUUCAGUUCUGUGUCCAGGGUCUUCUUUCUGCAUCAAGCCAACACAGUUCUGUGAUGGAAAGAGAGACUGCCCUGAUGGAUCUGAUGAGAACUGUCUGGAAAAAUGCCAGGACAGCUCUGAUUUUCUCUGCAAAGACCGUCGCAGCUGUGUAUCAGAGACGCUGGUUUGUGACGGCCGCAGUCAUUGCAAUGAUGGCUCAGACGAGUACAAUUGUCCAGAUGUGGCUGCUCCUGUAACUCAGGCAAAAAGCUUGAAGUGCCGCAUCGGCGCAAAGUCAUGUAAUGACGGCAAAGAGUGUGUUUUAUACAGCCACGUUUGUGACGGCGAGCGAGACUGCAUGGAUGGGUCUGAUGAACAAGGAUGCCCAGGAACAUGCAAACAAGAUGAGUUCCAGUGCUUCCACGGGAAGAUGUGCAUUCCUUUGGCUCAGGUGUGCGAUGGGAAGCCACAAUGUCAGGACCAGACUGAUGAACUGAACUGCCAGGAACAAACCAAUAGCUGCGAGUAUCACUGUAAAGAUGGCAAGCGCUGCAUCCCCAAGAAAUUCUUGUGCGAUGGAGAAAGAGACUGUCUGGAUGGUACAGAUGAGGUUGGCUGCGAUUCUACUGUUCUCAAGUUUACACCACCUUGCAUCAGUCCAUCAGUUAUCUGUCCAAAUUCAUCUCUGUGUAUUGCUCAAAAUCAGCUGUGUGAUGGAAGAAAGGACUGUCCUGAUGGAUUUGAUGAAAAAAACUGUAUACUCCAGUGUACAAACCCUGAUGAUUUCUUGUGCAGCGACCGGAGGGCAUGUGUCCUAAGGAGGGAACUGUGUGACGGUCGUUCCCACUGUCCUGAUGGUUCAGAUGAGAGGUGGUGUCGAUCAGCUGAUGCCACAGCUCCCUCCUCCAGUGUGCUCGCUGCCAGUUCAAAUCCACUGAAGUGCCGCAGAGGAUUGAAGCCUUGUAAAGAUGGCCUGGAGUGUGUUCUGUACAGCCAUGUGUGUGAUGGAGAGCGGGACUGCAAGGAUGGAUCAGAUGAAGAGGGAUGUGCAGCUCAGUGCAAAGCAGAUGAGUUCGAGUGUGCUCAUGGGAAUAGAUGCAUCCCCCUGGAUAAGGUGUGUGAUGGACAGAAUGACUGUCAGGACCUAUCUGAUGAGAAGGAAUGUUCAAGUCUGAUUGAAGGCUGCCAUCACCGCUGUGAUAACAACACCCGCUGUGUACCAAAGACCUUCCUGUGUGAUGGAGAGAGGGACUGUGCUGAUGGGUCAGAUGAGGAAAAGUGUGCUUUGGUGGCCUGUGCGAUUCACCAGUUUCGGUGUGCUAGCGGUCAGUGUGUGUCUGAGGCUCUGAGAUGUGAUGGUUAUGCCGACUGCAGUGAUCGCUCUGAUGAGGUUGAUUGCACAAGACCCCCACGCUGCCCAGCUCAGCUGCAAUGUCCGAACAGCCAUGAAUGCCUGCAGAAAGAAUGGCUCUGUGAUGGUGAGAAUGACUGCAAAGAUGGAUCAGAUGAGAAGAACUGUGUGUCAGCACCAGCCAAAUGCAGGGAUUACCAGUGGCAAUGUAGAGACAGCAGUCAGUGCAUCCCUCUGUCCUGGUUGUGUGAUGGGAAAGCGGACUGUGAUAACGGCAUGGAUGAGGACAAAUGCGGUGAGAAAAAAUGCCCCUCUCACCUUUACCAGUGUGGCAGUGGUGAGUGUUUGGACCCCCAUCUCGUGUGCAACAGCUACACCAACUGCGCUGACAGAUCCGAUGAGGGCCCAGGAUGUGUUAAAAGCAACUGCUCUAGCUCAUCUGCUCCUGAGUGUGACCAUCACUGUACCAGCACCCCAAAUGGACCGAGGUGUUACUGUGCAGCAGGUUACAUAACACAUGUCAACACUGUGUCCUGUGUGGACAUUAAAGAAUGCAAUCUAAUGCCAUACAUGUGCAAACAUACCUGCUUGAACACCCUUGGGUCCUACAUCUGUCAGUGCCACCCUGGCUUCUACUUGGAGCCUGACAAUAAAAGCUGCAAGACCAAAGAUGAGCCUUUACUUCUGGCCUCAGUGCAGUCAGAGCUGUUACUGCUAGGAAUCCACAGUGGCACCUUACGUCUUCUGUCCUCUGCUAGUCGGCCUGUCUUCUCACUGGACUAUCACUGGGCUCAAGAAAGAGUUUACUGGCUGAGUCCAGACUACCAGAGCAUCCGCUGGGCUGACAUGACAAACCCCAAGAACCAUGGAACUCUGAUUAAAGGAGUUAAGUUGGAUUUCAUUGCGGUGGACUGGGUUGGUAAGAAUCUUUACUGGGUGGAUGGACUUGUGGGCCAGAUUCUAGCAGUGAAGCUUAGUGAUGCCACUGUGAGAUCUCAUGACUACACUGUUGUCCUGGGUGUUGGCCUGGAGCAGCCAAGCUCAUUAGUCCUGCUUCCACACAAAGGGUUGAUGCUUUGGUCCGAGAUCGGCAGCACCCCUCAGAUUGAGCGGUCUGGGAUGGAUGGUUCAAAAAGGAAGGUAGUGGUGAGUCAAGGCUUGCGCUGGCCAGUCGGUCUGGCCUUUGACCUCCUGGAGAACCGGGUGUACUGGGCUGACGAGAAGCUGCGCUGCAUCGGUUCAACUUCUCUGGAUGGAGACAACAUCAAGAUCCUCCAGUUAGUGGAAACACCAAGCCCUUUCUCUGUGGCAGUCUUCAAUGAUAAAGUUUUCUGGUCUGACACAAAAAGAAGGACCAUCCGCUCAGCUGACAAGAACACAGGCAAAGAUCAAAAGGUUCUCCUUAAAAGGCCAGGGCAGCCAUUUGGACUAAAGGUGAUGCACGCUCUAUCCCAGCCAGCAAUACAGAGCCCGUGUGGCCAACUGAAAUGCUCCCAUAUCUGCCUCUUGGCCCCGCCAGUGACAACAAGAUCACAAGCACCUGCAGCCGGGACGGGACCUACAGCAAUAUGUCGAUGCCCUAAAGGGCUGCUCCUUUCUAAAGACAAGAUAACCUGUUCUCUGCCUGUGGAGACAACCUUUAUCAUGCUCUUGUCUCAUGCCACUGUCUAUCAGAUUCACUUGCGCUCCAUUCGCCGUGAUGGUGUUGCUUUGAAAAAAAUGCCAAAUGGCAGAAAUUUAGCCCUGCCGGGGAUAAGUGAGGCCUCAGGAUUUGAUGUGUUCCUCCAGGAUCUUUCUCUUUAUGUGGCCGACGCAGGACAGGGAUCUGUGGAUGUACUUACACUGAGCAGCUCCAUGUCGAGACCUGAACUGACUUCCUCUGGAAAAAUCCUGAAGCUUAAGGAUGAUUUGGUCACAGCUCUGGCAGUUGACUGGGUGACCUCAAAUCUCUACUGGAGCAGCAUCGAGAGGCCCAACCUCCAUGUGACCUCACGCCAUAAUGGCUACAACACCUCACUGAUGCAGGGAUCACUUAAGGGUAUUACAUCCAUGGCAGUGCAUCCCCCCACUGGGCGACUUUGCUACACAGCAAUCGUGGUGGAAGUUGAAACGAGCCAGACAGAGGUGAACUGUGCCUGGAUGGAUGGCCGCAACAAAGCAGUACUGUGGAGGAAGUCCAGCAUCCCCACUGCUCUGGUCUUUGCAAAUCAAGGAACUAUGAUCUACUGGGCCGACACAGGUGAAAGUGUAAUCAGCUCUAUUGGAGUGGAUGGAUCAGGAUAUAAACAGCACAAAACAGGGCCAGGUCUUAUCAUGUCCUUCACAUACAUAGAGAACAUCCUUCUCUGGGUCAGCCUGGACAAAGAUGUCACCAAACUGUGGUUCAGUGAUGGUCUCCAGCCUAAUCAGUUGUGGUUUGAGACAAAGACCAGCCUGGUGGAGGUCAGAGCCUACAGUAACGACAGUCAGUCAGACACCAACAGCUGCUCCAAUAACAAUGGAGGAUGUGAUCACCUGUGUCUGGCCUAUCCCGGGGGUCGGACAUGUAAAUGUGGGCUGGGCUCCUCUGCUGUCAAUGCUUCUUCCUGUGCCUCACUCCCAGACUGCCCGGCCGAGCAACAGUCCUGCUUAGAUGGUAGCGAGUGUAUCAGCAGCAGCAAGUUCUGUGACGGACACCUGGACUGUUCUGAUGAGUCAGAUGAACAGGACUGUCCAAACACAGACUCUGCGUCUUUUUGGACUAAACCCAAUGAUGGCAGACCUCAAAAGUUGCCCUCGUCACCUCAUCUAAACGCCAAUGUGAAUUCAGUUAAAACAGACCCUUCAUCCUGUGAAGUCCAACGCUGCAACAGUCAUGGCAGCUGUGUUAACGAAGGCAAAGACACUCGCUGUAAUUGUGUGGCUGGUUACAAGGGACAGUUUUGUGCAGAGACGGUGACUGGAGGGAGCAAAGUGGGUGUUGUUCUUGGUGUCCUCUGCCUCGUCUCUGCAUUGACAGCUGCUGCUUUUAUUUAUGCUAAAAGGAGAGGCUGGGCGACCGUUAGAAGCAGAUCCAUAGAGAAAGAAACUCUGAUGGCCAACAUGGGCCUGCCUUGUGAACAUUAUUAUGAUUCAGACUCUGAGGAGCUGGACUCGCCAGUUGAUGUGAAGAAUCCCCCUAUGGCCUUAAAACCCCUGCAGCUCAAAUAGAAGAUGUGAUUUCUGGUGCUGAAUCAAAUCUGCUAAUGAAGAUUAUGUUUUGGUGCAAUAAAAGUAAUAACUAAACCAAAA